GUUUGCUUUUUGUAACGCAGCUUUCCAUAGUCACAAAUCCACUCUCUCUCUCUCUCUCUCUCUCUCUAAUCUCUCUCCGCCCGACCUUCUCAAGAUCAACACCUCUCUCUGAUGCUGCUGUCUAAUUCCGGUCAAUGGUCAUCGGUCGUCUUUCAUAUUCAUAUAAUGGAUCAAUCACUCACACGGUCAAACUGUGAAAACCAGACUGGUUUUUGACUUCGUAACCCGGUAUUUGGGUCAGGAAUUCCAUCCAUUCUUCGUUUCCCGUUCAAAAUACAGUGCAAUGGUCGUCUUUUCUCUCCUUGAUAUAUAAUUCAAAUGAGAAUUGAAAUCAAAAUCCUUCUAGGUUUUUCUUUACUUUCAGAUCUCAAGUAAUUCUCAAUUCCACGAUUUUUUUUUAUUUCUCCGAUAUGGGGAACGAACCGGCGGUUAGAAAGCCGGGAACUGUGUCAAUGGACCAUGUUUUGGACGCAUUGCAGGAGACGAAGGAAGAGAGAGAUACUAGGAUUCGUAGCCUUUUCAAUUUCUUCGAUAAGGCAAACGUUGGGUAUUUGGACUACGGACAGAUCGAGGAGGGGCUGUCCGGGUUGCAGAUUCCAGCUGAGUAUAAGUAUGCGAAGGACUUACUUAGCGUUUGCGAUGCUAAUAGAGAUGGGAGAAUCGAUUAUCAGGAGUUUAGGAGGUAUAUGGAUGAUAAAGAACUUGAGCUUUAUCAAAUUUUUCAGGCGAUAGAUGUUGAACACAAUGGCUGCAUUCUUCCUGAGGAGCUAUGGGAUGCACUUGUUAAGGCUGGUAUAGAAGUUGAAGACAAAGAACUAGCAAGCUUUGUAGAACAUGUAGACAAAGACAACAACGGAAUUAUCACUUUUGAAGAAUGGAGAGAUUUUUUUCUACUAUAUCCUCAUGAAGCAACUAUAGAGAACAUUUAUCGAUAUUGGGAGAAAGUGUAUCUUGUCGAUAUAGGAGAGCAGGCUGUUAUUCCCGAAGGCAUAAGCAAGCAUGUUAAUGCCAGUAAAUAUCUGAUUGCAGGUGCAGUUGCAGGAACUGUUUCUCGAACUGCAACUGCUCCAUUUGAUCGCUUGAAAGUAUUCAUGCAAGUUCAAACUACAGAAGCUCCAAUUACACAUGCUAUCAGGAACAUAUGGAAGGAAGGUGGGGUUUUGUCGUUUUUUCGAGGGAAUGGCUUAAACGUAAUUAAAGUUGCUCCAGAGAGUGCCAUCAAGUUUUAUGCUUAUGAAAUGUUUAAAGAAAUUGUUAUGAACGUAAAAGGGGGAGAUAAGAAUGACAUUGGACCUUCAUGUCGACUUAUUGCUGGUGGGAUGGCUGGUGCAGUUGCGCAAACUGCAAUCUAUCCUAUGGAUCUUGUGAAGACUCGAUUACAAACUUGUGCUUGCGAGCAAGGAGAGGUUCCUAGCUUGGCUAAACUAUCGAAAGAUAUAUGGGUUAGGGAAGGUCCAAGGGCUUUUUAUAAAGGGCUUAUUCCGUCACUUCUUGGUAUUAUUCCAUAUGCAGGAAUUGACUUAGCUGCUUAUGAGACUUUGAAAGACAUGUCGAGGAGAUAUGCUUUACAGGAUCAUGAACCGGGCCCUAUGACCCAGCUUGGGUGUGGAAUGAUUUCUGGAGCUCUUGGAGCAUCAUGCGUUUACCCUCUUCAAGUUAUUAGGACAAGAAUGCAAGCGCAAAAAACAAACUCGGGAAUGACUGAUGUAUUCAGAAGAACCCUUCAAAAUGAAGGUAUUAGGGGUUUCUACAAAGGAAUCUUGCCAAAUCUUCUCAAGGUUGUGCCUGCUGCAAGCAUAACAUAUGUGGUUUAUGAAACCAUGAAAAAGAGAUUAGAUCUCGAGUAAGCUUGUGAAAAUAGUAUUGAAACUUUUUUUUAUUUAUUUACAAAUUUACUGCUAAUAGAAUUAUUCAACUAGAAGUCUAAUUUUGAGACCUUCAUAUCAUUACCUCGCCGCAGGCUUCUUCUUUUUUUUUCUUUUGUAAUAGCAUAUUGCUUAUUACCUCUAAAGCUCAUAGAGAUGGUGAAUCCAAUCCAAUCCAACCCAGUUUUUUUUUUCUUUCAAUUUUUGAGAUGUACACUUAUCAAUUGUCAUCAGAAAUUGCUGCAAUUUUUCAUGUAUAAUUGUAUUGCUAUUUGCAACAAUAAUUCAUUCCUAUGUCUU